AUGUGCAUUCCAUCAGGGGUAGGCCCUGGCAGACGGAAAACUUGCUCCUCUCCCAGUCAAUCCCUGCACUUGUUGUGCCUUCAUCCAGUAAUUAUAUGUCAGUUGUCAUCCCGCUCUCGAUAGCCGAGAGCCACGACACGCUCAACUACUCGACCUCUCUCCCUUUUUGAUUAUUAUUCAUACUUCUCCCCUUUUGUCAGUUUUCUUUCUCUGUUUCUGUCCACCACUGUAUUAUACUCUCCAACAUGUUCUCUAUUUAUGAAAGGGAGCCUCGGCCAUGGCAUUUGACGCCGAGAGACGAUGCAUACCUGGUCGACCCCCCUCCGGGCCAGACCAGGAGGUACGGAAGCGAUCGGGAAACACUGGCACCGGCUUUGAUCGCCUUUGGUGCCGUUGUCACAGUUGCGGCCGGCGUCAUUGUUGCCCUUCGUUUCUUUACCAGGACGCACGUUGUUCGAAACACCGUCAGUGUUGAUGAUUAUCUUGCUCUAUUAUCUCUCAUAUUUUCCAUCUCACGCUUCGCAUUCUUCAUACAACUGACAACACUCGGCUUGGGCAACCACAUGUGGGAUGUUCCUUUAUCUGAUUACUCGCCUUGGUUCCUCCUCUAUACCGUCUGCGCCACGAUAACCUACUCCCUGAGCGUCAGCUUCUCCAAACUGUCCAUCCUCGCCUUCUACCUCCGACUGUCGCCCGCGAGAUGGUUCCGCCUGCUCGUCUGGGCCCUCAUGGGCGCCAUCAGCGCCUACUCCGUCGCCUACGUUCUGAUCAGCAUCUUCACUUCAGCUGCACCCCAAUCAGGGCUAGCUGGGACAUCACCGCUGACGUCCUACAUGGUGUUGAGCGUCGCCAACAUUGUUAUGGAUGUGUGCACCCUGGCAUUGCCUAUCCCCGUGGUGGCGCCCCUGCAGAUGGCGAGGAGACAGAAGCUGUCGUUGUUGCUCUUGUUUGCGACGGGUGUGCUAGUCUGCGCCAUUGCCAUCCGUCGCACCGUCAUCCUCCCACCCCUGAUGGCCAGCCCAGACUACACCUGGGAAGCAGUGGAGCAGUUCUACUGGUCCUUCGGCGAAGUGAACGUCGGCAUCCUGUGCGCCGCCGCGCCGGCCCUGAAACCCUUCGUGAUGCGCUACCUGCCCGCCCUUCUCCGCUCGAGCCUCUCCGGCUCAGGCGGCAAGGCCAGCAAGAUGUCACACUCCCACGGCAUGGGUGGCAACCUCGGCAACUCGAUGGGGGAUGAGACGAAGCAGCAGCGGCGGGGGAUGCAGGAGAGGUCUUACGAGCUGCACAGCCUCUCGCGCGACAACACCUCCGAUGACGUCGAGGACGAGGGUGGCUUCAAGAAGACACAUGGAUGGACGUCGGCGGACGAAGACGAAGCGGAGCUGUGGUCUGGGAAUCCGAAUCGCCGGGAUCAUCUGGGUGACGGCCGUGCCGCUGGCGGCCAUAGAAAAAGCGAUGUGGAGAACAGCAGUCUCGAGUCGCUUGAGGAGGCGGGCCUGCCGCGCGCCCAUGCCGUUACUGUCACCGGUGGUCAGCCUCCCUCACGGACGACGCGGAAUACGACGGGUAUAAAUAUUACACAGGAAACAACGGUAGAUUUCAGCUCUCGAUGACCGAUAUGGGAAGCC